UAUACAACAUUUGUGUACCAAUCGAAUCAGAGAGCAAAGAUCUGUUUGUUUUCUCUCUCACUCUGUGUAUGUGCUGUCAACACCCCACAGACAGAAUCCACACCCAUUAGGGUUUAUGAUCUUUGCCUCCGUCCUCUUCCCCCAAAUGCCUUCACCUUUCUCAUAAUCAAUCUUCCUCUUCCACUUUUCACCUGAUUUCUUCGCCGGUGUUGCAGAAAUGUUAACUUAUAAAUUAGGAUGAUUAAGACUGACUUAUCAAGGAUGAAACAACCACUUAUUCCAUUGGCAACCCUGAUCGGCCGUGAGCUACGUAAUGAAAAAACUGAGCAGCCUUUUGUGAAGUACGGGCAGGCUGGCUUGGCAAAGAAAGGAGAAGAUUACUUUCUAAUCAAGACAGAUUGCCAGAGAGUUCCCGGGGAUUCUUCAACACUGUUUUCUGUCUUUGCGAUCUUUGAUGGACAUAAUGGUAUAUCCGCUGCUAUUUUUGCGAAGGAAAGCAUACUAAACAAUGUCAUGAGUGCAAUACCGCAAGGUAUAAGCAGGGAUGAAUGGCUUCAAGCUCUGCCUCGGGCUCUAGUUGUUAGUUUUUUGAAAACUGACAUGGAAUUUCAGCAACAAGGGGAAACCUCUGGAACAACAGCUACAUUUGUUAUUAUUGAUGGAUGGACUGUUACAGUUGCAUCUGUUGGGGAUUCCCGAUGCAUAUUAGAUACCCAGGGAGGUGCUGUUUCUCUCUUGACAGUUGAUCACAGAUUGGAAGAAAAUGUAGAAGAGAGGGAACGCGUUACUGCCAGUGGUGGUGAAGUAGGAAGACUCAAUGUAUUUGGAGGCAAUGAGGUGGGGCCUCUUCGCUGCUGGCCUGGUGGAUUGUGCCUUUCUAGAUCGAUUGGUGACACAGACGUGGGAGAAUAUAUUGUUCCAAUACCACAUGUUAAACAAGUGAAGCUUUCAAAUGCUGGUGGAAGGCUUAUUAUAGCUUCUGAUGGUAUUUGGGAUGCUUUGUCUUCUGAUAUGGCUGCCAAGUCAUGCCGGGGUGUAUCUGCAGAACUUGCUGCAAAGCUGGUGGUUAAGGAAGCUCUAAGGUCAAGAGGGCUGAAGGACGAUACAACCUGCCUUGUUGUAGAUAUUAUUCCUUCGGAUUAUCCUUUGUCACCAAUGACAACAACUCUUAGAAAAAAACAUAAUAUGCUAAGUUCACUUCUCUUUGGAAAGAAAUCUCAAAACACUACAAACAAAGGAACUAAUAAGCUUUCUGCAAUUGGUGUUGUAGAGGAGUUAUUUGAAGAGGGUUCUGCAAUGCUUACAGAGAGGCUGGGUAAGGAUGUUCCUUCCAAUAUGAAUUCUGGUAUUUUCCGCUGUGCGGUUUGCCUAGCAGACCAACCCUCUAGUGAUGGUUUAUCAGCGAACACCGAUCAUAUUAUCACUCCAGUUUCUAAGCCAUGGGAAGGUCCAUUCCUCUGCACAAACUGUCAGAAGAAGAAAGAUGCCAUGGAAGGAAAAAGGUCGUGAAGUCCGAGUGACAAAAGUUUAGUUAUGUAAUAUUUCAUUUAAGUAGCAUAGUAAAUAUUAGUAUAAUUUUUCUCAGGCAGUGAGCAAUGCUUGGUUCUACAUUUGGGUGGUGAUUCUCAUAAGUGUGUAAGAAAUGAGGUUGAUAUAGUAAAGAUUAGGUCCAUUGGAGGUUGUUGCAAAUUAUUUUUUGGCUUGUGCUCAGCUGUUGGACUGACUGACAGAACAAACAUUGUUGUGUAAUAGAUAAAUUCUAUUACUUUGAUUGCUAACAGCUUUGUAAGUAACUCAUUAUUUCAUGGUCAACAGUAUACUAUACAUCCCAAUUGCUUUUGUAU